GCGGGGUUGGAGCUGCUAGGCGAUGCGGCGGUCCGUCGGCGCCCUGGCUCUGCCGAGUGUGGUGAGCAUCGAUUUGGGCACGCACCAUCUCCUUCGGCCUGCGUCCUGAGGGCCGGAGUUAGUCUGAGGGGCCGUCUCUGCCCAGACUCGGGCAAAAGUGGCGGUGGAAUUCUUGAGCAUGGCGCCCGGAGGAGCGAGGGGAAGUCCGUUCCCUCCUUCACUCUCUCCGCAGGGAUACUCUAUGGAUAUGUGAAAAAGCCUCUACUUGCUUUUCUUUAUAAUCAUUACCUAGAGGCUUAAUAAGAAUGGAGAUUAAGUUAGAUGUUCUUGUCUCUACGUGUAUCAAGCAAAGAAAACCAUGGCCUCGCAUCUCAUGGAUUGGACAGGAAAAAGAGGCUAUCUUUCUCCUAGAUGAUAAACGUAUAAAUGAAAUUAACCUGGCAUCAGGGAAGACAAAGAGGAAAAUCCCUCGGCUGCAGUCACUAUUGAAAAAUGUAGUUGUUUUAACAACAUCAAGAAAUGGUGCUUGGUUGGCAGGAAUACUUACAACAGGAGAGCUGUUCCUUUGGAAUAAAGAUCAGGACUGCUUGAAAACUGUGCCAGCGAUCGAAGAGUCUAGGAAAGUAGUUGCAGCAGCACAAGAGUGUUUAAUGAGAUUGUACUUGUAUGUAUCUGGAGAUGGCAGAAAGGCAUUAUUAACUACUCCUACGGCAUGUGUCUUUUUGUGGGAGAGCACAGAACAUGAAAAGACAUCCUCUUAUAAAAAUUCUUCUGGGCGUUGGAUGCAAAUUUUGCCUGAUGAAUCAGUCAUGUUGCCUUCUACUGAAGAAAAAGAAAUUGGAGUGCAUGCUGCUUUCAUACAAAAUGAGGUACUGGGUGAUUGCUGUUUGUGCUCUUUUGUGUUUUACUCUGGAGAAUGUUUGGUGCUGACAUUUCUGAUUCUUCGAUGGCAUGAAAAUAGCUUUAAAUAUGUCAGUUCUUUGCCAUACCAGAUCCACUGGGUACAGCAGACUUGUUCUCUUGAUAAUUUGGCUCCUCGGUGUGUGUCUGUGAAGUCAAAAGGAGCUUUGCUGUGUGCAUUUGCAAGAGAUGGACUUCUCCUUGCAGUAGCUGUCAAUCAAACUGAUCCAAAGGCAACUCAGAUUUUGUUUUUAAACACAUUGAAUUUUGUAACUAUUUCGGGUAGCCUUAAAGGUUGUAGCAGCAAGAAUAACAUGGUCCCAUCCAAGUUUGUCAGAUCUUACUGGGUUGGCGAUAUGAGUUGGACUCCUGAUAGUCUUUUCCUGGCUUGCAUGUUAAAACGCGGAUCUUUGAUUUUAUUGACAUGUAUGGGCGAAUUGCUGACCAUGAUUACUUCUGGCUGCUCUGUAGAAUUUGGACCAGCAGAGUUUAUUCCAUUUCAUCCACUAAUAACAUACAGUUCUAUUUCUUAUAAUGGGUUUGUUGUGAUGAAAAUUGGCAUUGUGACAAUACAGCAGCACUCUUUUUGUCAAGACUCUAGUCAGUCUCUUGGUUCUUCAGCUUCCGAAAGUGACCUUGUGAGACAGAGAUUCUCUGUUGCUUCACAUUCAAGAUUACCCUACCUCAUUGUCUCUGAUGGAUACAUGAUAACAGUGCUUAGAUUUCCUAACAACCUUUCACCAUCAGGAUUUAUAAGAUCCCUUUUGCUUGAUUCAACCCAACGGCUUGAAAAUAUCCGUCAGAAUUUGCUGAAGUCCAAGUCUAAAGGGAGACCUCUGUGUUUACAAUCACUGUUGUCUUUAAAAGCUAGUCUUUUAAAACACACUCAAAACCAAAGUUCCAUCUUUUCCACCAUUCCGAAAUUCCUGGAGGAGGACACAACAGAAAUGAGUGAGAAAAGCAUGGAUUUACUGGAUUAUGAAGAAGAAUCGCAUGACGAAAAGCAGUUUUGCAAUAGGCCUUCCAGCUUUUGUAGCCAAAGAAUCCAUUCAUUUGUUGUUAAAGCUGAUCAAGGCCACUUAGAAUUUGCAUCAAUGUUUGAUACUAUCCAUGCAAAAGACAAUACUGAAGAGAAGGAUAAAUUAUCGGUGGAACUGUAUUUCAUUCAGAAGAACCUCCUUGCUGCAUGGCAGAUAGGGAUUUCAAAAAAUAUGGAAGAGAAAGAUACAUUACUGAAUUACACAGUGAACUGCAUUAUCCAUUUUUUCAACAUUCUUCAGUUUGUGAAAUAUUCUUUGCUAAACCAGGAUGCAUCUUUAAACAAGUCUGUGAAGAAUACUCACUGGAUGCAUUAUGUCUUAAAAUAUUUUCAGCAGUAUUUAACUGUCUUGUACUGGCAUUCAAGAACCAGUCUGACUGGGCACGUGGCAAAACUGACAUUACAAACUUUAAAACUGAUGCUCAUACAGCAACAAGAUCAGUUGUUCUCAAAAAACCUUUUGGCAUGCUUCUGUGUUUUGAAAAUGGUUUCUCACACUCUAAGUAGCAUGUGCAUACUACAGUAUGAAAAUUUUUUUGCAUCUCCUCAUGGUAACAGUCUCGUGGAACUUGACUCCCUCGCUGUGCCUAUUUUCCUAGCUCUUGAUGAGAGUACUACUCAACAGUUCAGUUCACUGAAUUCUCUCCUUAGAGAGCCUCCUCGAGCAGUAAACCAUGAUGCAAAACCAGAAAAAAGGUUGAUGGUACUAUGGCAAUUACUGUAUAAGAAAGUGGUUUGGUAUCAGAUGCAGCUGAACAGAAAAGUGAACAAGAAUGCAGAAGAACAGUCUGUUGUCUCAUCGCUUUUCAGUCACAUACAAGCGACCCUCCAGUCUUCAGGAGUGACCUUAGAACAACAUUUGAAGAUUAAUUCCAUAUCUGGUGAGGAGAAAUUCCUUUUAGGCUCAUACAGAGAAUCUGUGGAUAUUUGGAAAAGAUCUCUUUGUGAAAUCAAAGCAAAAGGAGGAAAAAGAGCAUGUUUUCUUCAGACUAGAUAUUAUCUUGCAAUAUUAUUUUGCCACCUUUAUCAAUACAACUUGUGUGAGGCUCAGGGACUCUGUGAUCAUCUGGUAGGAGAGAUUCUGAGGCGAUCACAGCUCUCAGUGAGUCAGAUGGAAAAAUUUUCUGAUACCAAGUAUUUUCAGCAUGAACUAUGGAUGGUAACAGAUGUUCAUACUGAAACUGCCAUGGCUGUGAUUCAGUCCAUGGCACGAUUCAUGGCCGCUUAUUUCACAAAUCAGCUUCUCUAUAUCUUUCCCCCACACAAUGUUGACAUCCUGCAUCCACUUCACAUCAAACAAGAAUUUUCUACACGUAUUAUUCCGCUGCAACACUGUUUGGUUACCAGAGCUGUCAGGGACCAGAACCUUUCAUCUGUGUGGACAGCUGAAUAUGCUCUUGAUUUGUUCUUUAUUGCUGGGCUCAUUCCAGAAGCUGUGUGGUUAACACGCAGACUUGGGGACUGGAAACUGUCUGUUUCAAUUGGUGUGGCCUACCAGCUGUAUUGUCAGAACUCUGAUGAAUUCUCAAGUUUCAGACUGAAAAACACAGAGCGUCACCUGCCAUUAAGCUUAUCACCAAUGCAGACUUUUCAGGAAAAGUUACAAUCUUUGUUAGGACAGCCAGCUGCUUCUGAAACAUCAGUAUGUAUGAAAUACAAGCAGUUUACAGAUCCCAUUGAAGAGGAAGAUGCAAAUGUUCUUUGUAGUUCGGUACAGGAACUACUGAAAGCAGCUGUUAUGGCAGAUGCUGAUAUUCUUUCAGAGACAUUUCAGCUUUUGAUGGAUUCUGGCAAGGAUCUUGGCAGAAAAUUAUAUGGUUUAGUUCCAGAUGGGCUUUAUCUUCCAGCACCACCAUUGUACUGUCCCCAGCCAGCUUCUCUGAGUGAAGAAAACUGCAAUGACAUUCUUUUAAAAAUUGAGAGAGAAAUUCGUCAGAAAGUGUCAGGAGUUCUUCAGCGAAUUAUCUUGCUCUUCCGGGCUUCUCGUUGUUCCUGCCCUGCAGCACAGUGGUAUAUUGCACAACUGAAGUGGGCAAGAAAAAUUAUGCAAAAAAUUCGAAUGAAAGGAUCUCUUCCUUUGCUAAGUGCAUUCCCAGAGACUUUGCUUCGUUACUCCAAUUUCCGCACUGUUUUCUAUAGAUCUACAUCUUCUGGAGACCAUCAGUUUGAUGAUAUUACCUGUAAAAUUUUAGGUUGGUUCAGAGAGCUGUGUGCAUUGUGUUGGAUGUUUCAUGUUCGUGAAAGAUUAUCUGACAACUGCAGGCGGUACCAAACUGCAAGGGAAAAUAUUAACAAUCAUAAGGAUCUGAAGAAGAAUGAAUAUGAUGCCUCCACAGUUGAGCAUUGUCUGAAUGCAGUGGAGUGGGCUUGUCGAAUGCUUCCUUUCUGCAGGUUCAUGAAUGUUGAAGAAUUAGUUCAAGAUGUUAUUUUGAGUCUGCUUGGAGAAUUGCCACCAAUGAAAAAGGUGGCAGAGAUUUUUGUAAAAGCAUUUCCUGAUCCUGAAGAUAUAAGAGUUCCACUAAGGGAUAAAUAUCACGGACUUCAGCAGCGACUCAGACACAGUAUUGUUAAAGGUCCUGAAAGUGAAGAAAUGAUGUCUGUUGUUAUACAGGCUACUGAAAAAGUGAGAAUGAAGGCCUUGAGACGUGUAAUAAAGAACAUAGGCCCCAUAGAAAUUAAUAUUUGGGAACCGGCAGAAGAGGGAGCAGCAGAUGAUGAGAAACACUGUUAUGACAGAGUCUCAUUAGGCACUAGUCUAAGCAGAAGCACACUUACUGAUCUUGGGAAUCCUCAGGUAUAUAGUGAUGCUGACACAGCAGAUACACUUUCUGAUGCUUUGUUUACUGAAGAAAUAAGAGCUCAAACACCUUCACUCCAGAGGGAUAAAGAGCAUCACAGACAAGGAGAAAUACGUAGCAAAAAUAUCACACACAAGAUAAAAGCUCUUAACUGGAAAACAAAACAUAAAGACAAAGUAUAUGGAAAAGACAUGCGUAAUCAAUGUAAUUUGCCUAUAGUUGGUACAUGGGAAUUUGAACGUGAUGAUGAUGAAUAUGUUAUUUUUUUAGAACUCUUUUUGAGUUACAUUCUUGAGAGAGACCUGAUAAAGUAUAGUGACCUUGGAAUUCCAUUUCUUACUAGCUUUUCUGGACUUCUUCGAGAGCAUGAAUUAAACUCUCUCUUUUUUGAUGUUCAUACAACACUAAAACGUCGACAAGGCAAAACUAGAAACCAAAAUGUGUUUAGAGCAGGGUCUUGCUAUACUGUCACCCUGGCAUCUUGUGAUUCUGAAACAGCAUCUGUCUAUAAUGAAAACCGAAGUAUUUUGGAAAAUCCAACCCUUGUACAGUCCAUUGUACAGACAACAGAACCUUCUGUGUGUAACCUAAUGAAAGGACUUAGUGAAGGAUUAUUUGGUUUAAAACACAAGUCAAUUUACAGAGCUCAGAGUGACAACCAAGGAGUCACCGUUGCACCAGCAAGCCAGACCUUUCCUAACCAUACUUCCUCUAGCCUGCAAACUCAGGCAACUUCUAAAUACAUUUACAAAACUGUUGAUAUAGUUGAUAUUGUACCAGGAGAAGAACUGGCUAUAGAAUUGGUGGGUAAGUUGAGCAGUAUUGCAAGAUUGCUUGAGUGGAUGAUCAGAUGGUCUGAUAAAAGACUGCUCUGUGGUUCCAAUAAACAAGAUUCCUUAGAAGAGAUUCUCCCGAUGAUACAUGUGAAAACAUCAGCACCUGCUGUCCUUACUUCUUUGUGGCUGUUAGAACAGUUACACAGAGACGGAUCUCAAGCAAAGAGCAUGAUAUUUAAGAGUCCGGAUAAUCAAUAUCUGAAAGAAUUUGCAUCUCUAUCAGAAGCCCAGUCUAGGACAGAGAAAGAAAGCAGUAUGAAUGAAGGCUCUUCCAUACUGGCCAGUCCACCUCUUGAUAUCCAGAGUGUACAAGCCUAUGAUGAUCUUUGUGAAACUGGUUUGGGAAUGUCUACAAAGUCAAAAUACUUUGAUAAGAAGGAAAUUAAUCAUGGGAAUUAUUCUGUACCUCAUGUAACUGAAGAUGUUAAUGAAGUGGGACCAUUUGUUCUGGAGGAAUUAGGUGUAACAUCAGAAAGAGAGUUCUUUGAGGAGCCAUAUGAAACUCCAAAGAGCUCCAGUAGCUCUAUCAAGAUCAAAUCUGUAGAACAUCAAAGAGGAAAGCAGGUCUCCAUUUCAGGUAUAGAUAGUCCCCAGGAAGAUCAAAAGGCGGAAGAGACAAAGGAAGGAAAGGGUGAACAGAAUGCCAUGCACGUUGUUACUAGUACCAUUUCUCAGUCAUUCUCUUUAGAACAAGGUGCAGAAGUUCCCAGUAAUACAGAGAUUUCUUUAAGUGAUGGUCAGCCUUCUCAGACUGUUGUGUCAAGUAUGCCAAGUGUUGCCUCCAAUACUUACAUUUGUGCAAAGAAGCAAGAAGUCAAGGAAGAAGUUCCUACAGAAGAGAAACUAAACAAUUCAGAAAUGGUCAGGCAGAUGCUCCAAGAUGAAAUGUUUAAGUUAGUUCAGCUACAGCAAAUCAACUUCAUGAGUUUAAUGCAAAUAGUGCAGUCAUCCUUUGCCAACCUGCCAAAUGUGCAACAAAUUUUGCAACAGCAUCAGUCUGUUCACUUGGAAGGAAGCCAGCCUGCACACGCUGCUGAAGGCAGUGGCUCCCUGAAAACACAGGUGCCCACUCGAGAAGACAAAGGAAAACCUGGUCUAAAGAGCUCUGAUUUUCAACCAAGGGAUAGUUUAAGAAAUGAAAGCAACAAUGGCCGUAUAAAAAAUCAUCUGGAUGUGAAUGUUUCUUUAAGCCUAUUAGAAAGCCACAGCAAAGAAACAGGAUUUAUGCCACCAUCUCAAGAUCUGCAUUCUUCAGCACCUACUAAACCACUUCAUCUCCUAGCUCCUUCCUCAGACAUCCAGAAAACACUGAAGCUUAUCCCUAUUGAAAAAAACUUGAAUUACUCAAAUGGAUUUCCUUUGCUUAAGCUUGAAUCAGGUUAUCAUUUCAAACCGGCAUUUUUACAUCCAGUAGAAAUGUCAUCAGCUUUUGCUAGACCACCCCCAGUACCGCGAGUAGCUUGGAGUUCAUCAGAUUCCUUAUGGAACCAUCAGUCAUCAUACACACCAAGAAAGAAUAAGUCAAAAGAAGAUUUGAACAUGAGUAGAUAUGACACUAAGAUCCGAAGGCAAAUGCAUGAGGAACAGAAAAGAUGGGCAGAAACAGUGCUUAAGGGACCUCCCAAACACCUGAAUCUAGAUCAGUAUGAAGGACAGCAAGAAGUUCCACCUCAGCGGCAGUUCUCUGCAAAUGUGAAUAAGGACAAAGCACUGAUCGCUCAGAACCUGGCUGGUAUUCCACUGUUGAGCUUGCAACUUGAGUCAGUACCUAGACUUCCACCAGUUGUAAGGCAGCCAAUCACUACCAAUUUAAUACCUGUUAAACCUGCAACAAAGGAGACUGACUGCAGAGAAACAGUACAGCACACAGGAGUAUCACUACUCCAUGCUAAUUUACCUCAAAAAAAGAAGGCACAAAAACUCAUUCCACUUCAAGAUCUCAUUGCAUUUGAGCAACGCCACCAGCAUCAUACUGUGCCCAGUACUUUCUUCGGACAAGACCGAACUGAACCUAUCCAGUUACUAAAAACUGUUGUUGAACCAUUUGAACUAAGGGAUGUGCAGAAUAAUAAAAAAAGACAAAAGAGGCGUGAUAAGAAACAAAUGAAAGAAAAGGAGGAAAAGAAGAAACCAAGUGUGUCCUUCUGCCCAGAUGACUCCAUCAUCAGUAUUAGUGAUACAGUGAUGGUUGUUGAAUCAGGGACUAGGGAUCAACAAGCAAAAUCUGCAUCUUACCUUCAAGAUGGCUUUUUCAUUUCAAUGGACACAAUGGGGGAAGCAGUUACUACUUCAGCAGAUCUACAUUACAUGGCUUCUACAGGAAAAAACCCAGCAGAAACUCAAGAUGCAAGUACAAAUACUCACCCAGCACUGAAAUCAUAUCAGGAUGUUGGAAUCAGUGCUGGAAAUGAGGUUUCUGAAGUUCGAAAAAAUGAGUCGGUCAUGUCUGUUCCUGUGUCAGAAUCACCUAGUGCCCCUGAGAUACUACCACCAGACAUGUAUUUAAACCUGAGAUUCCCCACUGAAUUGAAUGAGACACCUUUACCAUCCUUUCUGUCUGAUGCACCUGAUUUGAGUGAACAUGAAUAUAUCAGUGUGAUUGACAUUGAAGACAGUGACAUCCUUAACAAUUUGCCCAUGAUACCUGAGUCUGCAGAAGAGAUAGCUACUGCACAGCAAAAUGAGAAGUUUGAAAUUCCAUCUACUGCAAAACUUCAUCACAUGGCAGCUUCUGUUACUAAUGGAAUUCCACCUGAGGUGCUUCAGAAGAAAGACAAUCAUCUGAAAAAUUUAUCAAGCCAAGUGCAAGAGGAAGUUAAGAAGUCAGAUUCUGCUAAAGUUAGUGUAACUUGGAACAUAGUACAUGAAGAUGACAGAACAUUUCCUUCUUCAGGGCUUCCAUCCAAAGUAAUUGGCAAAGAAUACUCUUCCAUAAAGCAGCAGGAAAUGGAUAUGCAAUUACAGACACUGCAGAACAUAACAGAAAAUAUGGAGGAGGAUUUCAGAAAUACCAAACUGCUAGUGAAAAUAAUAGAAGAUUUUGAAAUGGCUGCCAAUUCAGACCUUGGUGCUCGUCCUUCAUUCUCAGAAGAUGCUAGAAUCCUUGAUGAUGAACAUUGUUUGAGGGACAUGAUUUUUGAAGAUGUUAUAGAUGAUGAAAAGGACGGCUUAAACUUGGAAUAUCCUGCACCCAGUUACACUACAUUGGAAUUACACUCUCCUGCCUCUGCAGCCUCUGCUAACUUUCGCAGUGGGAUAAAGUCAUCAUCUGGCUUUCACAUAUGUGGACAUCUGUGUGACAGCUCUUCAGAAGAUCCCCAGCAAAUUACUGCUCUGAGUGGUGUUACUGACAUCAUUAGUGAUCUUGUAGUAGAAGGUGACAUCUCUCCGUUGGAGCUGGGCUUUACAAAAAUACAAGCUAAGAAAAUCUCUAGGGUUCAUGAUUCUGCUGCUGGACAUUCUCAAAGAACAAAAAAGGAGAAGACAGAGAUACAAGCAUGGAUUAAAAGAAAGCAAAAGGAAAGAAUGAGAGAAUAUGUGAAGAAACUGGAUGAACAAAGACAGAAAGAGCGUAAUCCAUUCAAUCUAAGAAAGGAUGUGCAUUGUCGUCUUACUUCAAAGGAUAUUAAAUUUUUCCAGAAGAAGAAAGAAGAAAAAGACAAAGCCCUGUUAUCUGAACAUCACAGUAUGAGAAUAUCACAAGCAGUUUCUCUGAUGAAUGAAAUGUUAUCUGAAACAGUGGUGUUACCUGCAAAUGAACGUAGACCAUUGUCCAGGACAAGAUUGCCUCAAGAGUACAGAAGGCAGCAUGUGACAUCUACUAAAGGAGGGCAUCUGAACAGUCCUGUUGUGUCAGAAAGGAGCAGAACUGCUGUCAAACCCAGCUUUGGUCAAAAAGUACAUCAUUUCACCCCAACUCUUGGUUUAACACAGUCCAGGGGAAAUGCUUGUAUGCUCCUACAGAAGAGUACUUCCAGGGGAAGAAUUAGAAAUGCUGCAAACUGUCCUGUUAAUUCUAGACACUCUGCUGAGUAUAGAGUCAGCAGAACAUCAGAACAAAAGCCUCCACAUGUUGCCACUGCAGUUCAGACAGAAGAUGUUGAUCAAGAGGCUGAUCGAGACAUAGUAAGUCCUUGGACUGUGCCUGAUGAUAUCCAAAGAAUACUUCAAGAUACUCAUGACUCCUUGUUUCAGCAGGCAUCUGCACCGCAUCCUGUGAGUUUCUCUCCUCUCGGCGUUAUCGACACUGAUGGCGUUUCUGAAAGCACAGGAAGUAUCCUCAGCAAACUGGACUGGAAUGCAAUUGAGGCUAUGGUAGCAGAUGUGGAAGACAUGUGAACAAGAUUUCUCAGCUGCUGUGCACUUCCAAACAGUUGCUGGUGUUUGGAUUCAUUUUUUAAAAUAAUCAUUGUUCUACUGAAAAUGGAAUGAGGCUUGCAUUGGUUUUCUUCUUAAGCAGCACAGAAACUCUCACUGCUUGCAGUCUCGGCUAGAUGAAAUUCAACUCCUUAACGUGUAGUUUGCUUUCCAUAUGUCUUCAAGUCAACAGGAACUAAAUAUAGUUGGUAAAUGCAGACCAACAGUCUUAAGCAAGAACUUCUGGGUCAGCUGCUUUACAUAAAAACAUACAUACAUAUACAUGCACUGCACAACUGUUUUACCUUUGUAUUUAAUAUUUAACAUCAUUACGGAAGAAGUUAUUUUUGUAACUUAAUAAUUGUGGUAAACUGAUUUAAUAGAAGUGAGUUUAUUAGUUUCUGCUGUAAAGUGAUUUACACACAGACUACACUUAUUGCUGGGUACCACUAUGACUGUACAUGUGCACGUGCACUACCCUAGUAUUUUAAACCCAGCUUACUUGUACAAUAGUUUAGAGAAAUCUUAAAAAGAGUUUGAGUGAUUGAUAGAAAGAGGUACAAAUAGUCAGGCAGCAAUAAAUGAAAUACAGACUUUUGUUAGGAAAAUCAGACACCAGUAUAAGACGUUAAGGACAAGUACUUACUGACAUAAAGAAAAAUAUCACUGUUUGUUCAUCUGUAUAAUGCUGUUGUGUUAGAGGUCUUCUAGCAGCCCCCAGAUGUUUGUAGAAUAAUUUCCCUUAUGUUCAGUGGCCAUCAGCUAGUUGUGGUAGCUGGAACAGAUGCAGCUGUGGUGACUCUUUCCCAACAGCAGUAGUUUUUAUUUUUGUAGUGAAGAAAUUUGAAUAUUUAAUAGAAGUCAAAAGUGUGUUAAUUUCCAGUGGUUAAUUACUGUCACCCAAUACUUAGUGUAAAAAAAAAAUAAAUAUUGCAUGUUUCCGAGUGAAGCUGCAUCUUGGCAGUCAAGAAAUACGGUUCAAAGAAAGCCAGUUACAGGAUUAUAUAUGUAUCAGGAUAGAAUUGACAACUUCUGUAGGCUCAGAAUAUCAAAACUGGCUGUGUAUUUUUUAGCAGUCCUCAGAAUCAGCAUAUGCUUGUCCUACAGGAGUGGCCAGAGUGCAAAAUUCGAUACUGGGAGUCAUCAUCUCCAAAUGAAAAGGGCAAGUACCUUCAGAGCCAGUCAGAAGCAUGAAACUGUGACUUCACUCAAAGUCUCAAAACUGUCUUUCUCCAGAGUGGCAUCAAAGAAAUCAUCAGUUAAAUGUCUUCUGUUCCUGGUGGAAAAAAAUCUGAAAAAUCCUGGUUCAGCCAAGUAUGAAAGUCUCCUUAUGAUCACAGCCAGCUGUGAGAAGGAAGAGCAAGCAGUCAGGGACAAGACAGUGACUUGUCCUAAAAGGCUUGUGAAAGCUUUAUCAGACUCAGCCUUUGUUUUGGGUGAUAGUUGCAGCAUCACAGUCAUUAAAUGUUAAUGGAUAUGCUGUGAUGUGCAAACAUAUUAAAUAUAAUAAUUUAAUCUCCAGACAAGAUUGGAGAUAACAAAUGCGGUAGCUUGCGAGCAGUUGAGUUAUACAGGCUACCAAGACAGUACCUGCUCCCCUGAAGGGGUUUUACUUGUUUGUAAAGAAUUCAGACCUUGACAGUAGAUGUGUGAAGAUGAAAAUGUUCAGAUAAGUUGGGGGGGGGGGGGGGGGGAAUGCAGAAACAAGGUAUAAGAAUGCUGUUCGUAAGGAUGUUUGAAGAACCUUUACCGUCUUUCAUCAAGUAGCUUACUCCUUAAUAUUGUUUGUGGCAGUGCAGCACUCAGAUAUAAAUGAAAAUAAGGGUCAUUCCUUACUGAGGGGUUGUGGGAGUAAGAUGGCUCAUCAGCUUUCUUCAAGCAAUGCAUCUCGUGGUGCUAAAGGAAGAAAAAAAUUCAAAUGAGCAGUUCAUUUCAUUUUAACAGUGGUGAAGGAAAUCCUUUCUUACCUGUCUGCUGAUCCACAGCAUCACAGAUCACUAGCACAAGGGCAGGGAGGCAGUUCGAAGACCUCGCAGCCAGGAGGUCAGCGCUAAACUUAGUCUUUGCCUGUGAUGUGACGGAAGCAGGUGCCUGGGCAGAGCUGCACCUGCAAAGUCAGAGCAGUAGGAAAAAGCACUCUGGCACGUGGGAAUAGGAUCAUCGAAAGCUGUCUCUUAACCCUGCUGCUUCCACAGACUCAAGAGAAGUUUUCUUGUGCUUUCUCUUCUAUGAUGCUUUUCUUUUUAGGGCCAGAGAUGAAACUUUUUAGUGUGUCUUCUGAGAGGAGCAGAUAAUGCUUUUAUCUCUGCCAGUCUCUAAAUGAAAUUUUUAAAUGCACAUUAAGAAAUGCCUCCAGAAGUGCCUGCUGUCAUGAAAGCUAUGAGGAUCAAACGUGUCAAAACCUGUUAAAUUAAUUCCUAAAAACAUUGCAUGCUUUUAGAAACAAAUUUCAAAAUAUUUUUUUCUCUAAUGCCUCAGUAAAGAUUUCUGGUCAAAAUGCA